AUGUUGCUCUCCGCCCCCAUGGCCACAAAUGCACAUCGCCUGAAGCCGGCAGGUUCGACGUCGGCAUCAGCACCCUCAAAAGCUGCACUGGCGGCAUUACGACCUUCGACGGCGACGGGCGCUCCGCCGUCCUCGUCAUUUAAUCCUCGACGGACCGCUCACUCCCCAACCCCUUCCAAUGGAUCCAACAUCACCACAUCUCCUUCCACUGCUUCCUUACAAUCUCUUGGACAGCCCAUUCCCACUCCGUCCGCCUAUACCCUAUCCGGCCUGAAGUCGAGGUUAUCAACACGGCAGAAGUCCAAGGGGAAGCGAUCCUUUACUUCGUCGCAUGCACAAACCCGUCCAGAUACAAGUUUAUCACCACCUCCUAAAGCGCCUUCUGUCAAUCUCAUGCCAACAGCAAAUGGAAAACCCGCACAGCCAAUCCUUAAGACUCAAAAAUCAGUAGAUAGCGCGAUGCUCUUUACCGCAUCAGGGAAUAAUAAUGGUCCUAUCAAAGCCUUCUCGCCAGCACCGACCAAUGGUACCUCUACCCCUGUGCCGACAGCAACAGCUCCAACUGCAGCAGCUCACCCGCCAAGCAUGUACGACACAGUCCACGAGAUCGCUGAGAAGAGAAUAAACACCCUGGACUAUCUGCGACGAGCGCACGAAGGAAGGGUGUUCUGGUACAACACCGUCCAGUUCACAAGAGAAGACCUACCCCGAAGAGUACAACCCGACCAACGAAAACUAUCGAAAAGGGCGGCUACAUUUUUUGUCCUUGGCCAAUCGAUACCUUCUGUUCUAGACCUUGCAACAUCCAACCCAAUUGACUACCUGAAAGCCUUAAAUUCGUUGUUAGCAGAAUUUGAUGCUUACCAAGCAACACAUGAUGGAACAUCCACUUCGUCAGCAGCAAAAGGGAUGGGAAGAGUAAAACUAUGGAGUACGAGGAACUCAGCGCAAAAAGUACGGAGAAGUAGUUCGGCGGCUCAGGGUGGUAUUGACGGUCUAUAUCACUUCACAGCAAUGGAUGCCCUGGAGAAAGCAAGAACUAACGGGUUUAUGCAUCACAACCCGCUACCGUUCCCAAACGGUGGACAUUCUUCAUCAAACAACGAUGACCCGAAUGGGGAUGAUUUUUCGUAUUUGGUGCACUCAAGUUUACCGUUCGAGCCGGAUUAUUACGAAACAUUUGCGACGCUGUGCGACGUUUUGAUCGAUGCAUACUCAAGGGUCCUGACGCUGAUAAACUCGCCAACGGCGUGCAGCGUAGGAGUCGGCGAUAGUUUCAUCAAAGCUGACGCAAAGAUCCGGAAAACGGUGCUAUCAACCGUAGUACGAGAAUUCGAAGAUGCCAGUAGAACAAGCAUCAAGACCGAAAUUGUGAGUUUAGCGAAAAACGUACUUGGGAGUUUGGUAUAA